AAGCGCUGCCAGCGCAGCGAGCUCGUUCUAAUCAAGAGUUGGGGCUACGCAGCACUGCAACGACCACAGCGAUCGAGCGGCACGGUUGUGCAUGUCUCAGGUACAGCACUGAAGAAAUCAGCUCUGGGAGAGCAUCGUGCCUCUCUGAGCGGCAGAGCUAAGCACAGAUCGUAGUGAAGCACCAAUGUCCCUCUUCCCACCACCCUUAGCCGGAGCGCUCGGCGCCGGAGGCCUCAUCCCCUUCCUGGCCACGAGCGCGCCCGUGCAGCUCGUGCUGCCGUUCGACGCAUUGCUGAAACCGCUGCGAAGCGCCAUCGGCCGGCCGUCGCUCAACGCGACGGAACUCCAAGUCACGUACGGAUGCAUGAUCCUGUCCUUCCUCGGCGCGCCGCACUGGGGCUGGGCUCUCUCGUCAACAGCGGCGCCGCGCGGCGUCACGGCGUUUCGGUUGAUCUGGGGCGUGACGCCGGCGUUGAUCGCGUGGCCGCUCGCGUCGACGCCGGCGCCGACGUCGCUCGACGCCCUGAGCGCCGGGCUCGGCCUGGCCUACGCCGUCGACGCGGCCGCGUGGGUGGCCGGCCAGACGCCGCGCUGCUACCUCGCGCUGCGGACGCCGCUGACGCUCGUAGCGAUCCUCUCGCUGCAGAGCAACCGGGACCGGUGGCGUAACAAAACAGUAGAUUAA